UUCCUUCCCAGCUCGCAAGGAAUUAUAAUAUCUUUAUCUGUUGUUAGCUUUAUCUGAUCAACAUUUUGACAUAAUCUGCCCGCGCCAUUGAGCCGUUAGACCCGGACUCAGACCCCGUCGAAGACCAAGGACCAGACCUACCGCCAACACUAAAUCACCCCCAAUCUGACACCGAGCAGGCAAGCAGUCAAUCGGUCAAUCGGUCCAUCGCCUUCAAGCUGGGAUAACCACCGCAAGACUGAGGCGAAGCUCAACGCUGGCGCCCGCUCCUGACUAUACGCCAGAGCGCCUUCACUCUUUUGCUACAACAAGGCCAUCUAAUAUCACCAUAAUUCAAGAUGGGUCGCAGGAAGAUUGAGAUCAAGGCCAUCAAGGAUGACAGAAACCGCUCUGUUACCUUUCUGAAGCGCAAAGGCGGUUUGUUCAAGAAGGCGCACGAGCUCUCUGUCCUCUGCUCCGUCGACGUUGCGGUCUUCAUCUUUGGCAGCAACAAGAAGUUGUACGAGUACUCGUCAACUGACAUGCGCGAGCUCAUUACGAGAUACACAUAUCACGGUGGUCCGAACGAGCACAAAGGUCCCUCCGACUUCAGUGGUGGAGCAGACGAUGACGAAGACGACGAUGGCGACGGCACUCCUCCCCACGGGCUUGAGGGCUCUGUCGAGCCUCAGAUGAUGCCUCCUCAUUACCAGAACCCGCACCACGCCCCUUUCCCGCAACACCUGAGACGGAACACUCCCUCGGCCUCACCUCCCAUCAACGGCGUUCCCUUCCCUCCACGCGGCCACACUCCUCAACCGCAGAUGAGCUCAAGGCCCUCAUCCAGGAACGACUUUGGAAGGGGUCCUAAUGUUGGGCCUCCAGGGCCUCCACAAACAAAUGGAUAUGCCUAUAUGCCCAACCCCCAGAUCUACCAGCCUCAGAACCAGAACAUGCAACCAAACAUACAACAUCCUAUGCCACCACAGCACCAGCAGCACCAGCAACAGCACCAGCAGCAGCACCAGCAGCACCAGCAGCACCAGCACCAGCACCAGCAGCAGCAACACCAGCACCAGCAACAUCAACAGCACCAACAGCACCAGCAGCACCCGCCGCCGCCUCAGUAUGGGAAUCCGUAUCCUCCUCAACAUCAGCAACAUCCUCAGAUGCAACCAUACGUCGAAGAUCGGAGGCAGUCAUCUGUCCCUCCCCCAGGCUACCCGUCGCAACCUCCUCAGAACCAGCAGCACAUGUCACCACCACAAUCGCACCCACAGCAGCUACCCGCGCAGCCUCUUCCUCGAAUGUCUCCUCCCCAGUCACAUCAACAACAACAUCUGGAAGUACCUCAGCAGUCCCAUCACAGGCCAUCUCAGGAGCCUCAACCGCCUGCCCUUAUGGAACCCAAACCAGAAGCUUUUGCAGAAAAGCCCAGCCAACCUUUUCUCGAUACCGCUUCAGCCAUCAAGAAAAUGCCGCAACGUAAACAACACAGUAUCUUUACACCGAUUGACGAGGACCGUUCCAUUCUCUCUCAACACUUGGCUUCAUUCGCAGAGCCGAGGGGUUUGAAAGAUGAGCCUGGCACCAAUGGAAUCCGCUCGCAGUCCGUAGAUGUUGGUUCUUUCUCACGAACUAAUGCAGAUUCUUCUCCACCACUGCCUCAGAGAUCCAGCGCUUCCACAUUGGCCAAGAUUAGAAACUCUGUUCCCACCAUCUCAGAAACAUCCUUCACGCCCCCUUCGAGGUCAAACAGUUUGCGGGAUGGUGCACCGCGGCCAAGACUUAGGGUUCAGAUUCCGGACGAACAGUCCGAGACUGGUAGCAAUGCAGGAGAAUCCGUCAUGACAACAUCUCCUCGCAACGCUACAGAUUCGAAUGCUCAGCCCGUCAGAAGAAAUGGUGCCGAGAACCCUGGCAUCGUUUUGCCGCCACCGUCCCCAUCUGCCUCUGCCCUCCUUUCCGCUGGAGCAACAGGGCCACCAAAUCCCUUCGCCAGGCCCACUUCCCAGUCCCAACAAGGUGGCAAUAUGAACAUUGAUACCCCGGUUUCGGCUUUGCCUUCCCGUUUCCUGAACACCGAGUUUCUGCCCAGCCCGAGCAGCUUCUAUCCUGAGUGGAAUUUUUCGCGCAAUGACAGCAAUACCUUGCCCAGUCCUCUCAACUUCGCUACGCCUGUUCACGGCACAGGACCAUCUUUCCUCAGAGAGGAGACUUCAAAUAAGCGAAAAAGCCCCGAAAUCAGCACUGCUGGUCCUGCCUCGGACGGAGCAGAAGGUUAUGAGGCGAAAAGAGUCAAAAUUGACACUUGAAACGUUCCCUCUCAAAACAACUGUCCCGAAUACUUGACUUCGUCUAUUUCGCAAUUCGUGCGUGUACAACACCCUACUUACAGCUUUUAAAAGUACUGAGCGUCCUUCAUUUGCUUGGUUCCUUGGCUAGGAUCUAUUUACGUCGGAUAUCCCACUAGUUU